AUGUGCUCGACUAGGAGAGGAUUUAUAUAGAGCUUACACAUUAGAGAUAUUUCAAAAAUAAUAAACUAACUGCAAAUCAUAUACAUGGCUAAAAAAAUAAGUACACUUCUAUUUGCUUUCCUGAAAUUCCCCUUAAAAUAAUAAGUAGCAGCUCCAACAAUCCCAGAAAAAGCGAAGCAGGUUAUAUAAAUUAUAGGAUAUAAAAAUUAUUUAGAUUUAUAGUCGUAUCUCAAGAUAUCUUAAGGCAUUUCGAUUGAGCAGACUACUGCAAAAACUCCGCAUAAUAUCAUUAUAAAAACUUGCAUAAAAAACUAAUUUUUAUUGGCUGAUUGUAUGAUAUUUUAUAAUUGCUUAGCCCUUUACUUUUCAGCAAUAUGUGUGUGA